CAAACACACAUCAAAAGUUUGUACCAAAAAAAUAUUUCUAACUCUCUCAAAUAUAUUCUUUUCAUUUUUGUUAUUUUUCUUACUAGAAAGUCACUAUGAUUUUUUCGUGGAGACGUAGAAAGGAUAGGAGAGCUGGAAAAAAGAAACUUUCAAGAUUGAAUUCUUGUAAAGAACUUAAAAUUCCAUCUCAUUUUCUUUGUCCAAUAUCUCUUGAUUUGAUGAAAGAUCCAGUCACAUUGUGUACUGGAAUUUCAUACGAUCGUGAGAACAUCGAAAAAUGGAUCGAGGCAGGAAAUUCAAUGUGCCCCGUGACCAAUCAACCCUUGAGAAACUUUGAUCUCAUACCGAACCACGCCAUAAGGAAAAUGAUUCAAGAUUGGUGCGUGGAAAAUAAAAACUAUGGCAUCGAAAGAGUUCCAACUCCAAGAAUUCCCAUCGACUUGUCUCAAGUAUCAGAGAUUUGCUCGAGGCUAAUGGUUGAAGCUCAACAAGGGAACGAAAAUAAAUGCAUGGAGUUAGUGGGAAGAGUCAGGAUUUUGGCUAAGGAGAGCGAAAGAAACAAAAAAUGCAUAGUGGAAUGUGGAACAGGUUUUGUAUUUGCAGCCUGUUUCGAGAUUUUCUCAAAUGUUAAUGUGGGAAUUUGCGAGGAUCUAUUGAAAGAUUUAUUGUCUGCGUUGACGUGGAUGUUCCCUAUUGGAGAAGAGGGAACAUCGAAGCUCGGAUCUUCGACGUCUUUACGUUGCAUGGCAAGGUUCUUGAAAGGUGAAGAUUUAUCAGCAAAGCAAAAUGCAGUUAUAGUCAUGAAAGAAUUGCUCUCUUAUGACCAAAGUUGUGCAAAUGUCCUAACAGAAAUCCAAGAUUUGGCUGAAUCUUUAUUCCAAAUGGUGAAAGUACCGAUUUGCCCUUCGGCUACGAAAGCUUCACUCAAGGUAAUUUACUGUAUGGUUUCAUAUACCUCAAGUGAAAAUAACAACAAGAUUGUGGCUAAAUUUGUAAACAUGGGGUUGGUCUCUUUGGUUCUUGAAAUUCUUGUGGAUUGUGAAAAGAGCAUAACAGAGAAGGCAUUAGCUGUUUUGGACAGUAUUUGCAACUUUCAAGAAGGGAAACAAAAGGCUUAUGAACAUGGAUUGACAAUGGCAUUGCUAGCCAAAAAAGUUAUGAGAGUUUCAGAAAUGGCCACUGAUCGUUCAAUUUCAAUUCUGUGGAAACUUUGCAAGGGUGGAAAUGAGAAUUCAGUGAUUGAGGCAUUGGAAUUAGGUGCAUUUCAGAAGAUAUUGGUGGUUUUACAAGUGGGAUGUGGUGAAAAAACUAAGGAAAAAGCUACUGAGUUAUUGAAAUUGAUGAACCUUUACAAAGAUAGAGUGGAUUGCUUUGAUGGAUCAAGUUUCAAAUAUCUCAAGAAGUCAUAUUGAUUUUAAUUUUCUCACAGGGAAAACUCAAGAAACAAGAAGUCAUUGAUUUUAAUUUUCUCACAGAGAAAAGUCAAGAAACAACCUCAUGAUAUCGAAUUAAAUUUUAUGUUGCUCGGGUUCUUUAAAAGUAUCGCGCACUCAUAUCAGAUCCUGCAAAAGUGUGUUAUUUUUUAAAGAUCGAAUGAAAGAUCCGAAUGACAUAGAUCGAAACACAAUUUUUGUAGUACAUAGGAAAUUAAUUUGUAUAGAUACAGGAAGAAACGAUUAAUCUCAUAUUUUAUUGAAAUAUGUGAUCAUUAAUUUUCUUUUGUAAAUUCAUUCAGACUUCGAAAGUUUUUCGUACUUGUUUUUAUCAGUUCUUUUCUUCUG